UCACUAGCUGGAGCUCCGCCUCCUGCUCUGGUUGCCAUGGUGAAUAUUUACGUCCUGGUGACAUCAUUGAAGCCGCUGACUUCCUUCCUGCAUGACAUCAUCGUGGUGACGACCAAUCAGGAGCCGCAUGGCCGGCCCACCCAGCUCAGAGACUUCCUGCUCGCCGCUUCCCAUGAUGCACUGGGGCAGAUAAAGAGGGUGACAGGUGACGUGCUGCUGGCCGCCCUGUCGACCAAUGAGAAGCAAGAGACUCUCAACUGGUGUGUGUUGUGUUACCAGCUGCUGACCUUCACUCUGCUCUUCGGCGGCUCCGUCUCACCUGUCGUCAUUCAGGUGGAAACUGGUCUGACGUUUUCUUCUGUGAGCCGAGAGGCGCUGGAGGACCAGACCACCAGAGACCGGAUCCUGGAGGACUCGCUCCGGUUCCUGCACCUGGACUCCGAGACACCCACACAGUUUCAGAGGCAGAUGAAAACGGCUUCAUCUUUCCAGCUGCUAUAUCCCUCCUCCUCCUCUUCCUCUUCCUCCUCUUCCUCUGGUCCUCUCAGUGUCUCAGAUCUUCUGAUCAGUAUCAGCCGAUUCUACGAGAUUCAGAGGAACCAGAACUACAGAACGAAUGCAUCAGAAGAACGGACCAAUCAGGAGCCGUCUCUGUCUCGGGACAUGUUUGAAGGUCGAGGUCCCUGUGUGGACCCCCACCUGAGACAGAUCUACAGCGACCCCCCCCUCACUCUGACUCCGCCCUUCAGCCCCUGGGUGAAGGCGUACCGGGCCCAGGUGACCUUUGACACGGUGACGGUCCGGAUCCGGCCUCGGCCCGUCAGCUCGGCCUGCCGGGUCCACCUGGACGAGCAGCGAGGCCCCGGGAUGGCCAACUACCCCGUUGGCCUCGGCAACAGCAGGAUCAGCAUCCUGGUGACGGGCGGCGGCGUCGUCAUGGCGAUCUACACCGUCCACGUGUUCCGGGAGAGCCGGCCCAGUCUGCCCAUGUUCGGGGAUCAUGUGACCUGCGGCUUCGUGCAGGAUUGUGGUCUCCUGGUCCAGCCCUGGAGGUCUUGUGGUCUCCAGCCUCUCAUCAGGACUCCGUUUCCCCUUCAGACCUGCAGCUCAGGACACCAACCAGGCCGGUGGGUGGUCCCGUGCCUCAGCUGUUCUGACAACAGGACGUGUGAUUGGAGGGAGGUUGCCUGGCAACCAGACGGCUGUUAUCACCCGUUGGUGGACCGGCCUCGACUGCAGGACUGUCUGACGGACCGGAAGGUCUUGUUUCUGGGCGACUCCACCAACAGAGGGAUGAUGUUCUUCCUGGUGGAGCGGCUGAACUCCAGUCUGGGGGUCUGGGUCCGGGCCCACGACACGCUGGUCUACCGGGACCUGAACCGGGGCCGGACCCUGGUCAGCUACUCGUACUACCCUCAGUUCUGGUUGGACCAGGACCAGCGGCCCACCUUCAAACAGGCGCUGCUGCAGCUAAUUGACAGGUCACGACCUCUGGUGAACUCCAACCGGACCGUGCUGGUGGUGGGAGGAGUCCAGUGGCUGAGCACCAAUCACCUGAGGACCCUCACACAGGUGCUGAGCAGAGAGGCCCUCAGUGAGGUCCUGGUGCUGGUCAAGUCUUUGGGGAUUGGUUUCCACCUCCCUGUGGAUGGGAUCCGGUCUCUCAGUCUGGAGGAGGUGCAGGACCUCCACAGAGAGAACCAGAACAUCAUCGCCACAGCAAAGCAUUCUGGGUACGAGGUCAUUGACACCUUCAGCAUCACCAUGGGGCGACACAAGGAGUUCCUGCAGGGGCGCUGCGGCUGCCACUUCCACGAGGUGGAGUUCUGGUCCUCCAGAGCCGGACCUGAACCCAGCAGCCAAUCAGACGGGCCACACCCGGACAAGGAGGUGCGGCCUAAAGCUACGUCCUAUCACGUGAGAGGACCAGUCAACCAGGUGUACUCUGAGAUCCUGCUGAGCCGCCUGUGUCCCAGAGACUGAGACUGAGACUGAGACUGAGACAGAGAGAGAGAGAGAGAGAGAGAGAGAGAGAGAGAGAGAGAGAGAGAGAGAGAGAGAGAGAGAGAGAGAGAGAGAGAGAGAGAGAGAGAGAGAGAGAGAGAGAGAGAGAGAGAGAGAGAGAGAGAGAGAGAGAGAGAGAGAGAGAGAGAUCAGAACCUUUAAUAUAUUUACAAUAAAAGUUUAACAAUAAGUUUGUUUCCUUUUUCAUCCACUGCAGAGCCAAGACGUUAAACUAUAGACACACAUAUAUAUAUGUAUACAUACACUACCGUUCAAAAGUUUGGGAUCACUUAGAAAUUUCCUUAUUUUUCAAAGAAAAGCAUUGUUUUUUUCAAUGAAGAUAACAUUAAAUCAAUCAUAAAUACCCUCUCUA